AUGACAGCAGCAGAAGAAGAAGAAGAAGGUUCCAAUACGUUUAUGGCGGACGCCCCCGCCGCACCCAAGGCGAAGCGGGCCCGGGAGCUCGUCACGGCGACGAUCCGAGCGCCGCGGUACGCCUACGCGCACCUCGAGGCCUUCAGCCCCUCGGCCGUGCCCGACGCCCUCGACGCCCUCCAGGUGCGGUCGUAUUGCACCUCGGCGCUGCGGCAAUUCCUGGGCGCGACCGGCGUCGGCAUCCCGCUGGACAUCCUCAAGGUGGACGGGAGGCACUGCUGGCUGAGGCUGCCGCGGGACGACCUCGGCGCCUUCGCCGCCGCUAUCACCGCCUGGCAGGGCUCCGUCCAGGACGGCGUGCACGCCUCGCUCCGCAUAAGGGGAUGCUCGGACUGGCUCGGCACGCUGGUGGGCAGAGACGGGCAAGAGGCGCUCUGGAGCGGAUAA